CGACCAUGGGUAAAGAAAAGACUCACAUUAACGUUGUCGUCAUUGGUCACGUCGAUUCCGGCAAGUCCACUACUACUGGUCAUCUUAUUUACAAGUGUGGGGGUAUUGACAAACGUACGAUAGAAAAAUUCGAAAAAGAAGCCGCAGAACUUGGUAAAGGUUCUUUCAAAUAUGCCUGGGUUUUGGACAAACUGAAAGCUGAACGUGAACGUGGUAUCACUAUUGAUAUCGCCCUCUGGAAAUUCGAAACUCCAAAAUAUUAUGUCACUGUCAUUGACGCCCCCGGACACCGUGAUUUUAUUAAGAACAUGAUUACUGGUACUUCCCAGGCCGAUUGUGCUAUCUUGAUUAUUGCCGCCGGUACUGGUGAAUUCGAAGCCGGUAUUUCCAAGGAUGGUCAAACUCGUGAACAUGCUCUCUUAGCCUAUACCCUUGGUGUCAAACAACUCAUUGUUGCAGUCAACAAGAUGGAUACUACUCAGUGGUCUGAGGAACGGUUUAACGAAAUUGUUAAAGAAGUUUCUGGUUUUAUCAAAAAGGUUGGAUACAAUCCCAAAACAGUUGCAUUCGUCCCAAUAUCGGGCUGGCACGGCGAUAACAUGUUGGAAGAAUCUUCAAAUAUGCCAUGGUUCAAGGGAUGGCAGAAAGAAAUCAAAGGUGGUUCUGCUAAAGGGAAAACGCUUUUGGAAGCUAUCGACUCUAUUGAGCCACCAACUAGACCUACCGACAAACCCCUUCGUCUUCCUCUUCAAGAUGUUUAUAAGAUUGGUGGUAUUGGUACUGUCCCUGUGGGUCGUGUUGAAACCGGUAUUAUCAAAGCCGGUAUGGUUGUUACCUUUGCUCCAGUCGGUCUCACUACUGAAGUCAAGUCGGUGGAAAUGCACCACGAACAAUUAGUCGAAGGUGUACCUGGUGACAACGUUGGAUUCAACGUUAAGAACGUGUCAGUUAAGGAAAUCCGUCGAGGGUUCGUUUGUUCCGAUUCCAAGAAUGAUCCUGCUAAGGAAUCAGCAUCCUUCAACGCUCAGGUCAUUGUCCUCAACCACCCCGGUCAAAUUGGUGCCGGAUACGCACCAGUGUUGGAUUGUCACACCGCUCACAUUGCUUGUAAAUUCGCAGAAUUGCAAGAAAAAAUUGAUCGUCGUAGCGGUAAAAAACUUGAAGACAAUCCCAAAUUUGUUAAGUCUGGUGAUGCAGCCAUUGUUAAAAUGAUUCCCUCCAAACCAAUGUGUGUCGAGGCUUUCUCCGAAUACCCUCCGCUAGGUCGUUUUGCCGUGAGAGAUAUGCGUCAGACCGUCGCCGUAGGAGUCAUUAAGGGCGUUGAAAAAGUUGACAAGGCAGGAAAGACUACCAAAGCAGCCGUCAAAGCUACAAAGAAAUAA